UCAAAAGCUACUGAACCUCAAAACACAGUUACGUUCAGACGAAUAUAACUGCAAAAAACAUAUCAUCAUGAAAACUUGUAUCUGGACUUGUGUGGCCAUUGUCGCUCUGUUUGUAUCAGUGGAGAGUCUGACAUGUUACACCUGCGAUGACACGAUCCUCGGAUACUGCGCCAUUUCUGGAAGUGUGAUCUGCCCCUCUACUCAGAACAGCUGCUACUCUGGAGUCGUCACGCUGAGUGGUCUGUUGGGGGAGGUUCAAUCCAAAGGCUGCAUCGCAUCAACCAAUUGCAAAAACACCACCCAGUCCAUCUUCAACUUCAAACUGAAUAUCACCAUGCACUGCUGCAGCACCGACCUGUGUAACGGGGCAGAGUCCGGGUUUGCCCCUCUGAAUGUGUGGGCAGCUAUGGGCACCCUGCUUUUGGCAUUUGGGGUGAACUUUAGUGUAUGAGGUGUUUCAUUCAUUUAUGUUGUUAAAAUGUCUCUAUGAUAUUCAGUGGAGGGACAUGAGCUAAAACACUGGAGAAAUAAUGACUGUUGUUUAUAAUUGUGACCUAAGCUAGUGCUUCUCAAACAUGUACACAACUAAUAUUUUGCUUUCCGUGUACUGCCAGAUCUGAUAACAGGUCUCUAUUAGGCCUAAGACUAAACCAGGUCUAAAAUUAUGAAUGACAUAGUAGUAAACAGCAGUUAACCUAAAGGAGAACAAAAACAUGAAUACAUUUAUCAUAAAAAAAACCAACAUAAUUACUCAACCUGCAUUUAAUUACAUUUAAUGAUGUUAAGUCUAGAUAGACAUUAUAAAGCUUAACUAACUCUAACCCUAACCCUUGAGUAGUAGUUUCCGCAAAUAUUUGUUUAACUCUUAAAACUCUAACUAGUAAUUCCCUGGAUCUACUUGAGUAAUAACAUUUUGAAGUAACAGUAAUCUCUAGUAAUCUAGUCAUUCGUUUUAGGUCCUCACUCCACCUCUUAUAACACUGUAUUGUUUUGUAUUGAUUUUAAGCAAACAUUUUACAUAUUUGAAUGAAGGGAGGAGCUCAGUGUUGGUCUACUGUUUAAACAGAAUAAAACCUUUUGAAAAUAAACACAAC